GAAGAAUAGUAUGUAUAAAGUACUUCACAAUCAAGACAUAAAACACGAGUGCUCGCGGUCAGGGGGACUGCACGCGUAUCCUGAUCAUUUCAGGGAACCUAAAAAGCUCUGUCUUUAAACCACAGACGUUUGCUAAAUGAUCAUUUAAAGGUUCCUGUCCUCUGGUAGGACUUUGUAUAUAGUGUACAUAUCGCUUUUCUAACAGAGGAUCUCGCUCAGAUAAGCCGAGCAAUCUCGAAGGAUCGAAGACAGAGAACACGCGGGGAUUUCAACGAAGUCGAAGCAUUGCACUAUUCAAAUCCCAUUCAAAUCCGACGCAUGCAUCAACCUAGAAAAAGCACCGAUCAGACUAAAUAGGUGAAACGCUGCGAGAAAAAGAAAAGAGAAACAUCGGUGGAGAGACAGAGAACGAGAAGAGGAAGAACGAGCACAAGAUGAAGCAACAGGCUUCGUCGGACGAGUUCCCCAUAUGGAUGAAAUUGCUUUCCGCAGGCACAGCAGCCUGCAUCGCUGAUUUAGCGACGUUUCCAUUGGACACCGCCAAAGUCAGAAUGCAGAUUGCUGGAGAAAGUCGUCCUCUCCUACUGGCAUCAGCGGACGGCUCCAUGCUCGCGGUUCGAAACGCGCACCCAGGAUUAUUGAGGACAGUAGGAAACAUCAUCAGACUCGAAGGAGCAAGGAGCCUGUACGGAGGUCUGUCCGCGGGACUCCAGAGACAGAUGUGUUUCGCCAGCAUACGGUUGGGCCUCUACGACGGGGUGAAGUCACGCUACGCUGGAAUCAUCGACGGUAAUAACAGGAGCGGAUCGAAGAACAUUUCCGUGCGAAUAGCCGCUGGAAUCACGACAGGCGCCCUGGCGGUGCUUUUUGCUCAGCCGACUGAUGUCGUCAAGGUUCGCCUACAAGCUGGAAGUAUUGGACGAUCGUCGGUGAGAUACAGCUCGACUCUACAAGCGUACAAGAAUAUCGCUGCUGAAGAAGGGACGCGGGGCCUUUGGAAAGGUACCAUGCCCAACAUCUCGAGAAACGCGAUCGUAAACGUGGCGGAGAUCGUUUGCUAUGACAUCAUCAAGGAUUUCAUCUUGGAGCGCGGCUACCUGCGCGAUGGGAUCCCUUGUCAUAUAACGGCCGCCGUGGCGGCAGGACUGUGUACCACCUUGGCUGCUAGUCCUGUAGACGUGGUGAAGACUCGUUACAUGAACAGCGCUCCCGGCGAGUACAAAGGCGUGAAGGAUUGCGCCGUUCGUAUGAUGAUGAAGGAAGGCCCGUCCGCGUUUUACAAAGGCUUCGUGCCCAGCUUCACGCGUCUGGUAUCCUGGAACAUCGUUCUGUGGAUCACCUACGAACAGUUCAAGGUCUACGCGAAGAAGAUGAACGGCGACCAAUAAAAUAUCCAUCCCUGUCGCGUUCCGCAUCGUUCUCGAUCGACUGCAGCACCCGUCGAUUCACAAGAUGUGCACAGACAAGCCGUGUUUUAAUCAACUGCAGCUUCAUAAUCUGUAUUUUUCGAUCGUGUAGCUUAGAGAUGGGAGAAUGUAUUGUCGAAUGUAUCGGUUAGAUUUGGUCGUUUUUCGAAUAGAGCCUCUCUUGCCUACUGUCGUUUGCAGUUGUUGUUCCACCGCAAAAUUUUGACGCAUAUAUUUACAUACAUAUAAGUUUUCCUCUUAAGUACUUAGAUAGUAUGCAUGAUUGUAUUGAUUAAUUCAACGUCGUAUAAUUACUUACUUUCCAUUGAUUGUCGAACUUGAUAACAGUUUCAGGAUCCUGUCUGUAGGUAACAGUAUCUGUCGCUGGCUUUUCUACCUGAUACGUAUUCGUAUGUAAUAAUUAUUCACAAAGAUUCUUACUUACGUAUACGUAGAGGGUGAGCGUAUAGUACAUGAUAGAAAAGCUGUUGACGUUGCGCUGCUUCAUAGGAUAUUGUAAUUGUUCGCACGAGGAUAGAUAUUAGACUUUCUUUCUCCUUAACAAAGGACCUUAAGUGUAAGAGUGUUUAAGCACAAUUUCGUUGAUCUUACUUAGUUUGCAAACGACGGCAGACCAAUUCUCCCAUCUAUCGUUGUAUUUUCAAUUUUUUUUUUCGUAGAUAUUUCGACCGCGCGUGCACUCAUGAUUGGGAGUUGAUCAAAUUAAAAUCAAUGUUCGUGAUUUGACAAAACGGAGGAAACCUGUCCGUCCGAAAUUACGUUUGAAACAAUUCGAAUACGUAACUGCGAUUGACCUGUUUUAAUACAGUUCGUUAAGUAAAAAAGAGAAAAGAAAAAGAAAGGAACGCUCGUUUUUCAAAAGUCUUUUUCGUCUUUCAACGGAGUGCACGUACGAUCAAGGAGAUCUUAGAAAACUCUCAAUAAUCCCAUAAUGAAACAUUUUCGACUACGUAAGUCAGCUUUAGAGACAUUAGUUGGACAAUUGAGAGAAAGAAAUUUCUCCUCUCUCCCUGAUGAAUACUAACCUAAUAUAAACUUGCGCGCAUUACGAUACGCCAUACAGACAAUAACGUUUCAAAAAUUGAUUUCAAUGUCUCUGCAAUGUCUGUUGACAAAAAUUACACACACACACACAUACACACG